ACAUCCCAAUUCGACCUCCCACCCCUUAAUUGCCCAAUCUUUUAGCCACUCUAUUCAUUUCCCAUCCUUCUUUACAUCACUUUCGAGUGCAGCCUAAAUGAUUCAACAUUGUGUUUAAUACACUACCUACCUUUCUUCCCUGAAACCAGACACCAAUGUUCGCGCACCAAAUACAGGUUGUUUGAUCAAAAGUACAUGUAGUUAAUAUGGGCCGCCGGAAGGUGGAACAUUAGUCGUAAUUCCACCGAACAUUUAAUAAAUCAAAGCUACAUUAGUCCAAGUUGACCUUUGCUUUCAAUUGGAAGUCACAAGCAGUAAGACCAAACCAUUUAAGCACCCUUUUCCUCUCACUACCAGCCGCUCCCUUUGGGGUUGGGUGGAGUCACUGGCCAACGGCUACUUCCAGCGCCCACUCGUAUCAAUCCCUUGCCCCGCUCAAUCCGGCGGUGGAUGAGAUGUCUCAACCCCCACGAAAGGGAUCACAUUGACAACAAACAGACUUCUUAUGGCCCACUCCUUUUCACCCUUAAAUUAGAGCUAAUGACACUUCUCCUCGACAGAGUCUUCCUUUGGAGAACAAAGGCUUGGCAGGGGAGGAGAACAUGGAUGACUUCAGCUUCCCUACCGCUCCAGUAGCACAAGAGCCCCUCUGCCAGGUCCCCUUUCCCUUGUGGUUUGUGUCCUCCAUCGCCGACCAAAAGGCCGUCCAUCAUCGCCGGAGAAGCUUCUCUUCAGCCGAAGAAGCUGCCAACAUCGCCGCCGCACUGGAGAUAGCCUCGCCGGCGCUCAGUGAGGGUGGCAGAUACCAGUUUCUCAAUGAUGAAGAGAGGAUGGACAUGCUCUGGGAGGACUUCAAUGAAGAGCUAAGCCGCCUGUCUUGUGAUCAGAAGAGGGGGCCAAUGAACGGGGAGGCGAGCUCUGACCUGACAUCGACGUCCGGAAGCAAAACGGAUCCGAGCAGGCAUGGAAUGACGGCGGACCGGCGCAGCGUUCGGUCAUCAGCCGCAUCGAAGACCGGCAGCAUAAUUCACCAUAGAAGGCCAAGCUUGCUUCUGAUGCUCAAGGUACUCAAGAAGCUGUUCUUGAUUCAGAAGACCAGUUCUUCCAAGAGGAAACCACUUCAUUGAAGACAAGAUCUCAUCCUCGAAGAAUUCCACCAUGGUUUGUAGCUACCUGAUCUUUAUUAGAUAUUGAGCAAGCCAUAGGAUCUGGUUGCAGAGCUUACAAGAGUUAUGAGCCACCACCGCCACCACCGCCACCACAGAGUUAAAAAAGGUAGCUAGUAAACAGAGGCAGCCAUCCUGUCUAUAUAUAUAGCUAUAUAUCGACAGAAAUAACAAAUUUGUAAGAUGAUAUACGUUUUUCUAUUUCACUUCUCCCUGCUUUUGGUUUGCUAUAUUAGAAAUUCAGUUGAUGUGAUUUCCAGCUGAUUAUUCC